GCUCCCUCUUACCCUCUCCGGGAGCGUAAAAAUCUUGAUCUCCCUCCUCAUCGGUGGCCUCCCAACGACUUUCCUCAUUCCAUCGACGAGGCUUAAUCGCAAACUUCGACACAUUGCCCCUCACCCCCAGCAACACCUUAUUCUUGAGCAGCUGUUUAGCGUCCUUACCACAUCCGCAAACGACCGCCCAGUGAACAAACCCGCCGACGAGGGAACCAUAGGAUCCACCGAAUCUAGCCCUUUCUCCUUUGUUGCAAUCAGCAGACGCAACUCACCUGCAAACCGCCGCCAACCUUGCCCAUUCCGGCCUUCUGGGAUCCAUAUGGCACCUUUUCGUCCACCCUCAACAUAGAUGCCCACCUGCAAGAACCUUCCUGCCUUGUUACUCCCCCGUGAACCAUCAGCGCCUUCCCAUCCUCCCGGUAAGCCUUGGUGAAAUCCUCCUUCAUCGGAGAAAGGUCUGCCAGCGUAUUGAGAAUCAAGGAUGGGGCGUAAUAUAUCCAAUCAUUCAGAAUCUCCGGUUAGGGGUCGGGGGUCUCCUCAUAGAAGGAGUCCGUCUAGGAGGAGCCCAUCUCGAAGAGAGAGAUCACCACCCACCCGUCAAAGGAGCUCGCAUAAGGUUAGAUCUCUAGAAAGAGAGAAACAUUCUGUUCAUGCUAAAUCUCCAAGGCAUGCGAGGUCGAGUUCUCCUGCUGCUCACUCACCUUCUCACAGGACAAAACGGUUGAGGAGAGCUCAAGCUGAAGCUGAAAAAGAGAGAGAAACUGAGAGAGCUAGGUCGCCUUCUCCCAGGACAAAAAGGUUGGGGAGAGCUCAAGCUGAAGCUCAAAAAGAGAGAGAAACUGAGAGAGCUCGCUCGUCUUCUCCCCAAACAAAGCAGUUGAGGAGACUACAAACUGUAAGAGAGGUUGAGAGAGAGCAUGAAAAGAUUCACAGCAAGGGUAGUGACAGGGGGAGACAUAGGGAAAGGGGUUCAGAGAGGGAAACUGUGGGUGAGAUAAAAGAGAGAAAGCUGGGGAGGCAUGAUAAUGAGGUUGACAGAGAAACUGAGAGAGAGCAUGAAAAAAAUCAUGGAAAGGGGAGUGAUAGGGGGGCACAUAGGGAAAGGGAUUUUGAGAGGGAAACUGGGGGCGAGAGAAAAGAGAGAAGGUCUGGGAAAGAUGAUACUAAGGUUGAGAGAGAAAUUGAGAGAGAGCAUGAAAAUAAUAAUGGCCGAGGGAGUGAUAGGGGGACACAUAGGGAAAGGGGUUCUGAUUGGGAAACUGGGGCUGAGAGAAAGGAGAGAAGGUCGGGUAGGGAUGAUGACGAUAGGAAAUCUUCUAGAUCAAGGCAUGAGCGGCUUACUUCUCCAUCAGAUCAUCAGUGCAGGAGCAAACAUAGAUCUCUAUCUCCUCAACCAGAAGCUGAUACCAGAGCUCGUGACGAGGUGACAAAUUUAAGAGGAGCUGAAGGGUGGAAUAAUGAGGAUGGUUCAAUAGCUAAGAUGAAGGCUGCUGAGGAGGCUCUGGAAGCAAAGGAAACGCAAAAACCAUCAUUUGAGCUCUCUGGAAAGCUUGCUGCAGAAACCAAUAGAGUCAGAGGUAUAACACUGCUGUUCACUGAACCCCCAGAUGCUCGAAAACCUGAGAUAAGAUGGCGGCUUUAUGUUUUCAAGGGUGGUGAAGUGCUAAAUGAGCCCCUUUAUAUACACCGUCAAAGUUGUUAUCUUUUUGGGAGGGAAAGAAGGGUGGCAGACAUUCCAACGGACCACCCAUCCUGCAGCAAGCAACAUGCUGUCAUUCAAUUCCGACAAGUAGAGAAGGAGGAAGGUGAUGGUACAUUAACAAAGAAACCGAGAGUAUGUACUACUGCACGAGAACUCCGCCACUUGAUGGGCAGAAGUUGGCUCCUCCAAUGUGCCGCCUCCUCCUUUCAGCGUGUGGAACAUGUUGAUUCUUUGACGGAUGGGAACUAUUUGCAGCCGAUUUGUGCUGUAUUUUCUGUAGAUGCAGGUUGGCCAACUUCACCGCGUGCCGCAUACCGACUGUGUGCCGACCGAAAUUGACCGUAACCGACUAGAUGACGGAUGGUAGGUGGAACGGAUUUUUCUAUUCCGACAUUGUUGGUUCGGUAGGCAAAAGGGAUUUUGGGAAAGUCGGUUUUUGACCGACACUAACUCGGCUUCUACUGCCUUUCAAAACGGUGUCGUUUUGAAUAUUAGUUAAUAUUCAGUAUAUUUCCUUGACAAAAAUAGACAUAGAUGCUUGUCUAGCUCAGUUGGUUGAGCGCAAGGCUCUUUGCCUUGUGGUUGUGGGUUCGAGCCCCAUGCUAGGCGCUUAUGUUUAUAUUUUUAUUUAUAAUCAAAACGACAUUGUUUUGAGCCCUAUAUAUAUAUAUAUAUAUAUAUAUCAAACGAAGCUCUCUCUCAUUUCUCCUAACCCUAGCCAGCUGCCACUCUCAUCUUUGCCUCUCUCUCACUCUCAAUCUCUCAUCACAUUUCCG